GGGAGGUAAAUCUAGAAGAGACAGCAGCAGUGAUGGUUCAGAUGUAGAUGUUUCACAAAGAUAUGGGAUGGAAACUGGUAAUGGGGGCAAUCGCGAUCUGGAAAAAAUUGGUUUGAGAGACCGGAUCCGGAAAAGACAGCCCAAAAAAGAACGUGUGCCAAGCAGAGGUCACCAGGGGUAUGACUCCUCAUCUGAAGAGAGAGAAAUAAACGAUCAACGUCACAAUGACAAUAACGAGGAUUCUGAGUCUGAAACAGAAAAGCUUGGUAGAGCGGCAUUAGCUUCACGCUCCACAAGAACAGUUCAGCUGAAGAAAGGAUCUCAAUCUCGUAAGGUACAAGUGAAGAGAGGCGAUGCCUUGGAUUCAGAAUUGGAGAAAGAAGCCUCGAAGAAACAUUCAAGGUCAUCUAAAAAUGAAUCAAGGAGAAAUGUUACUGCUUCAAGUAAAUUGGUUGAACAAAAGAAGGCUCCUGUAGCGAGGGAAAGACACCAGAAGUUUAGGUCUCCCUCUUCUUCACCAGAACCGCCUCCAAGAAGAGGUCAAAGGUCAAGAUCAAGAUCACCAGUUAGAAGUAGAUGGUCAUCUUCUGCUGCAUCACCUGUACAGACAAAAAGGUCAAAGUCAAAAUUACCAGUAAGGAAACGUAAAUCACCUUCACCUAUAGGGUCAAAGAGGUCACCAUCAAGGUCACCUGUGAGGAAGAGGUUAUGGCUAUCUGCUAGACGUCUGUCUAGAAAAUCUAGGUCAAGCUCUAGGGAGGACAAACGUAGAAAUUGCUCAAGUAGUUCUAGAAGUAGGUCAAGGUCAAGAGAAGAGAAGCCUAGGAAGAUAAGGUCAGAGAUUGAAGAUACGGUUACUGUAAUGGAAGACGGGGAUAGAACAUGCUUUGCUUGUCAAGCAAAAAAUGAGACAGUUUCCUUUGACCAUCCUCUUUUUAAGGCCAGGAAAAUUUGCUUAAAAUGUAAGGUAAGUUGAUAA